AUGUCUUCCAGCGACAUCAAAUAUGAGAUGUCUUCUAUCGACAAGCACGACAUCGCCCAUCUCGAAGUCACCUCUGUCGACUCCACAACCAGAGAAGAGGCUCGCCAGGCUACUGAUCUGUCUGCUAAGGCACAAUACGCAAAACUCGGUGCUGCCAUCAAGAAAGACAAGCGCUUCGUCUGGUGGACUCUGUAUGUCAUGCUCUUGGUCUUUGGCUGGGGCUACGAUGCAGGUCUCUCAGGUGUCGCCAUCGCCUUCCCCGAAUUCAGAAAACACUAUGGGCAUUACUAUGCUCAAGGAGAUCAAUUUGUGAUACCUGCAUUGUGGCAAUCACUUUGGAAUGCAGCCUCUACCAUCGGUCAGGUCUUCGGUGGCUACGCCGCUGGCCAGUUCGCUGAUAUCACCGGCCGCAAGCCUUUGCUCUACACUGCCGUCUUCCUGUCUUUGGCUGCUUCAUUCGCCUUGGUGUUCGCACCAAACCUCCCAGUCCUUUUCGUCUCUAAGCUUCUUCUCGGGCUUGCUGUUGGUCUGUCCACUGCCACUCCUCCGCUCUAUGUUACGGAGAACGCUCCCGCAAACCUCCGCAGCACUGCUUCCUCCCUGACCAACGUUAUCAUUGUGUUCGGAUUUUUGCCUCUUCCAUGA